GUGCUUGUAUUUUGAGCUACGCUAACUGCCGAGUAGCCCAUCCCAACGCUAUGAACACAACAACUCGUAAUUAGAUAGGGACCUCUGAAGAACUGAGCAGCUCGUGACAUCUUGCUCCAGAACGGCCCCCCACGGAUUUCCCUCUUCUAGAGAAUGGUGCAAGCUCCUCCCCAAGAUGACGAGACGCUCCGUCUUGCAACGUUCCUGUCGCAGCUGGCAUAUGAAGAUCUGCCCCCAGAAGUGAUCGAGCAGGCCAAGCGAUCCAUCUUGAACAUCCUAGGAUGUGCCCUGGGAUCCGCGAACGCGUCACCCGCCCGCAAGGCCGCCGCCGCGCUUCUCCCGGCGGGGGUUCCGGACGGGACCGGAGGCGCGUCCGGGGCCACCGCCACGAUAUGGGGUCGCGCCGAGCGCGGCAGCCUGGACGAUGCGGCGCUCCUCAACGGCAUUGCCGCCACGACCGCCGAUUACGACGACACCCAUCUGCCGACCGUCAUCCAUCCGUCCUGCACGCCCAUCGCGGCCAUCCUCCCGUUUGCGGAAACACACCACCUGUCGGGAAAGGAAGUGAUCCUAGCCGUCGUCGCGGCCGUCGAAGCACAGUGUGCAGUCGGGCUGGCAGUCUCCCCGUCCAGCUAUAAGAAAGGAUGGCACAUCACAGGCUUGACCGGCUCCUUCAGCGGCGCGGCCGGGGUCGCCAAGCUAUUACGGCUCCCGCCCGGCCAGUUCGCGGCGGCUCUGGGGCACGCGUCCUCGAUGGCGUCGGGCACGCGUGCAAUGUUCGGGACAGACACGAAGACUCUGCACGCGGGCCUGCAUGCUCGGAACGGCAUCACGGCGGCGAAGCUGGCGAGCGCGGGGUUUGCCAGCUGCGUCGGCCCCAUCGAGGCUUGGGCGAGGCUGGUUUCGACAAGCUUCGAUGUGACGCAGAUCGCUGCGCUGGCCCGUGGCGGGCCGUGGCAGAUACUCCAGAUUGCAUUCAAACCGUACCCGUGCGGAAUCGUGAUCCACCCGCUGAUCGAUGCCUGCCUCGAGAUGCGUGCCUCCUUUUCCCGCGCCGACGCAGCAGUGUCGACUGGCCCGACAGGCAUAGACGACAUCGCCGAGAUCGAGGUCGUUGCCAAUCCUCAGCUGGUCCGGCUCUGCAACGUGCGACACCCCCGCACCGGCCUCGAGACCAUUUUCUCGCUCUAUCACGGCUGCGCCGUCGCCCUCGUGCAUGGCCGCGCGGGUCCUGCCGAGUUCUCCGAUUCCGUGGCCGCUCACGACGCCCGGGUCCGCGCUGUGAGGGACUGUGUCACCGUGCGUACGGACGAGAUGAUGAGGGAUGAUGAGGCAAUCCUCCAUUUCAAAUCACUCCCUUCGGCAGAUGGCGUCGUUCGGGAGACAACCGUACGUGUGGAACACGCCCUCGGAUCGGUGGAAAAUCCCCUAAGCAAGGAAUUCCUAGAGGAGAAAUUCUCGAGUCAGGCAGAGUCCUCGUUGGGCAGGGAGAAGGCAAAUGCCAUCAUCAAGGCAUGUUGGGAGCUUGAUUUGAUGGAUGACGUGGCCGACUUUGUGAAGCUGCUGGGGACGACCGUAGUAUAAUUAGUUAAACAUGCUUCGUCUUUACCCCCAUUCCUCCAAGUCCCAUCAAUAUGCUUCCUUCCCAUAAUUAGGUGCAGGUGUCACGGUCCCAGUGAUCUAUCUAUAAGUUGACGCAUUGCCCCCCCAAUUAAUCUCGCGUCCGCGCUCUCUGGUCCAGUGCCGCUAUCAUCCUGGUUUCGUGAAGCCGCAGCUGCUCUGCUCUCCUAUGAGCCA